UUAUAUCUCGUUUUCUCGUCCGCGCCGGUCGCCCUCUUGGCGUUCUCUAUCUCCUUCAUCAUCUUCCCUUUCUGUCAGCUGAGAAAUGAACCGAAAACCCUAGAUACCUUUUUUUUGUUUCCUGGUCUGUGCAAAUAUUUACUCGAUGCCUUUCUUCUUCAACUUGUGUCGAAUUUACAUCGUACAGCUUCCCUCAGCUUUCCCGAUAUCAGCUGCUUCGCGUCUCCGCUUUCGAAGGCUCAACAUUGGGGUAGCGGAGAGCUGAGAGGUGAAGGUUUUUGAUUGGUCUUGGCGGGAAAAUGGCAGCAACAACAAGCGGCGUUUAUAUGCACGUCGUUGAAGACGUCAUCGACAAGGUCCGGAAUGAAUUUGUUGAGGGCGGCGCUGGAGAGAAUGUUCUCAGUGAGCUUCAAGCGCUCUGGGAAAUGAAAAUGAUGCAAUACGGUGUUGUAACGGGUCCAAUUGAGAGGUCCUCCGGCCAAAAGCCGGCCACUGGUGGUCCAAUCACCCCUGUUCACGAUCUUAAUGUUCCUUACGAGGGUACUGAGGAGUACGAAACCCCUACUGCGGAUAUGCUCUUCCCACCGACACCUUUACAGGCUCCCACACCUCUGGCCACUCCCAUUCAGACUCCCUUACCAGGAACGGUGGACAGCUCGAUGUAUCAACUUCAUUCUGGACCAAACGACUUUCCUGCAGUGCACGAUGCUGGAGGCGGCACUGAGGUGAAAGCUGGAAGACCUAGUCCGUACAUGCAAUCAGUUUCUCCUUGGAUGAAUCAAAGACCUCUAGGUGUUGACGUUAAUGUUGCUUACGUGGAAGGACGGGAUGAGGUGGACAGAGGAACUUCUCAUCAACCUACAACACAGGAUUUUUUUGUAUCUUCUGGAAAGCGGAAAAGAGAGGAUUUUGCACCACAUUUUCAGCCAGGUGGAUACAUGCCACAGCAAGAUGGAGCUGGAGAUGUGACAUUGGGGCACUUAGAAGCAGAGGUGACCCGAGUGGGAAAUUCGCCAGAUAGAUGCAGUAGAGUUACCCGAAAUGAGGAGAUACUACUGGCUCAAGUUGUGAGGGCUUCUUCAACAAUACCUCAACAGGAUGGGCCAAUUCCUGAUGCUUAUGAUGAGAUAGUUUCCACACCAAAUUUGUAUCCUUACCAAGGAGUUACGAGCGAGGACUACAAUGCAGUGAAUACACCUGCUGGCCACGAUCUACAAGCAGGCACAUCCACUGUUGGGACACAGAAUGAAGUUGCGGAGGUUGAUGAUGAUGAUGAUGAACCCCUGAACGAAAAUGAUGAUGAUGAUGUAGAUGAUCUGGAUGAAGGAGAGGAGCCGAAUACACAUCAUCUGGUUUUAGCCCAGUUUGAUAAGGUGACACGGACAAAAAGCAGAUGGAAAUGCACACUCAAGGAUGGCAUUAUGCACAUCAACAACAAGGACAUUCUCUUCACUAAGGCAACUGGGGAGUUCGAUUUUUGAUAUUGUUGACCAAAGAGGACGAAGUGCACUUUCACCGACAGGGUAGAAUUGUUGCUUAAAUAGCAAAUUCGAAGAGUGAGGUUUAUCCACAUUCGUUCGGUUGUUGCUGCUAAUUUAUUGAGGGUAGAGAAGGCCUGAGGUAAAGGACGUGGCACAUGUAAGAGACGUAUGGGUUGGAUGGAUGGAUGGAUGUACAUAUAGGUAGAGCCUUUUUUCCCCGCUAUAUAUAUUUAUAUAUGAGAACUGCUCUUGGCUCUAUUAUUAGUUUAUUACUCCUGUGAAAUUUGUAAUCCAUCGGCUUUGUAUAUUCAGACUGUCAGGUUGAAUUAUGACUAAGUAUUGUUUGUUGUUGAGUA